GGUCGACGACGUUUUCUCGUCAGUCCUUGCGCAUUCAAUUCAGUUAAAUUCAUUAAAUUACAUUUCUUCGAUCGGAGAGAUCGGUCAAGAUUGGUUGCGAUCCGUCCGACACACGUGGGGAGGAAAGAUAUGCCAGGAGACGAAAGAGCGACGGGCAACAGCCGAGGUGACCGAAGAUCUAAUUGAGAACCUUGGCGACGAGGGGCGAGGAGGGCCGUGUAAAAAAAAAGAGAGAUAAUGAUGUAACAAGUUGUAUCGCGCUUAUGAACGGCUCGUCACGAUCACCCUUCGGACGUGCGUGCGUACGUAUGCGUGCCCAUCACCACGCCUACGCCGCAUGCCGCGAGGAAAAAUAGCACGUGGCGUCGAGAUAACUCCCUCGGCAUUCGUGGACUAGUGGACUGGUUAAACGACCUUGCCGGGCAUCGGAUGACAGAGGUGACAGACGGUCUCACCCGACAGGAGGAGUAACACGGGCCGAGAGACCACGAGCGAGACCCCGAGGGACCCGUCGCGCGAUAAAAUACAAUCGGGGUCAUGAUACACAGUACCCGAGCGGAGGAUCGUGACGUACGGUAAAACGUCAUUCAUGUUUUGGCAAACGGCUGUUCAGUGGGAACUUUUUGGAUAAGAUGUCCUCCGGCCAGCUGCAGACCAACUUGAUCGCCGCCGCUAUUGGGGCGACUAUCGGCUUCAUAAGCGCGGCGAGUAUCUUUAUUUAUCAAAAGGUCUUGGAGAAGCAGCAGCACACCAUGAAGAAAGCUCAUCUGGACGAAGUGGAUCGUCGCCUCACCGAGUUGCAAUCGGAAAUGGAAAGACUGAGAGUACAACAGAAUCAACUGAGAAAGAAGAAGAAGCUUAAUUCUAAACGCGAUAACGAUAAUACGUACGCUACGACGGAUAAUGAUACUGAUGUGGACUUUUCAACGGCGGGCGAUGAUGAAUUUUUCGACUGUUCAGACAGCGAAAAUGGUAUAAGUGAUAUUGAGAACAGGACAACUGAAGCCACCUGCACUGGAUUAGACUUUUCCGUUCUUGAUGCACAUCACCAACAGGGUGGGCACGAAGAGGCUGAUAAUCUUCAACUACGAGGUCUUGUAGACACCUAUCCAGAUAAUGUAGACGUAGUAUGGAGAUAUGCCAGAAGUUGUUACAAAUAUUCGAAUUGCACCACUGAUGCAAAUGUAAGAAAAGCUGUUAUUUGUGCAGGAAUUGAUGCCUGCGAAAAGCUUCUCGCUACACCAAAUGCAGAUCUACACAAAUGGUGCGCUAUACUUGUAGGCGUAAAUGGUGAUUUUUUGCCAAUAGCGGAGAAAAUACAAAACGGUUACCGCUUUAAGGAGCACGUGUUGAAAGCCUUGGAGAUACGUCCGAAUGAUGCUGACCUGCAUCACCUACUCGGCAGAUUCAGAUACGAGGUGGCUAACCUAGGUUGGAUAGAAAGAAAGAUUGCUGCUACGUUAUUUUCGGAGCCGCCAAGUGCCUCGUACGAAGAUGCGAUCGAUAGCUUCCGGAAAGCGGAAGAUUUCGCGGUCAAAGUAAAUCUGGAGAAUAGGCUGUUCCUAAGCAAAUGUUACAUAGCACUGGGCAACUAUGAACUAGCCUGUCAGUGGCUAGAAAAACUUUGUGACCUAUCAGUUACGAACGAAAACGAGGAGAGGAUACAGAACGAGGCGCGUCAACUUCUCGCCAAGUACUCGGGAUACUAAUAAUGGAAAUGUUAAGUUUUUAUAGAUCUGAAAAUGUAUCCAUUCCAUGUAUAUCACAAAUACGUUAGUCGUGCGCGACGAACAUAAAAAAAACUUGUAGUUAAACGUGGGUGGGAAAAGAAAAACAUAUAAGUAAUUCUAAUUAUAGGGAGGAAGGUACAUAUAACAACCAUGGAUGAAUUUUUAAAAAAAUGUAUAAAGUAAUUGCUACUCAUUCAUCUUUGGAGAUAAAUGGAUACAAAGCAACUUGGGAUGUUUUAGGAAGUAAUUUGUGAUGAAAUACAUUUUAGAAUCGUCAUUUUAUUGUAUAAAUAUUGGGCCUACCAUGGUUUAUCUUAUUCUCGUUAUAUAGACCUAUAAAUUUAUUAUGUUGGUUUUAUCUUUCUAUUGUCUGUUUCUUAAUAAAUGACACAACAAUGAUAAAUAC